AUGUUCCUGGCCCUUUUUGCCUCUAGUUUAUCUGUCAAUCAGGACCUGAACUUUUCCCCAGGGCCAGCCUCAGGUGAGGCUCUUCCUACCUAUGGCCUCCAGCGCAGUGGGUUUUGUGUUUGUGCUACCACACCCAGCUUAUCUGUAAAAGCGUCGGAUGCAGAUGCAGGGCUGUAUGGCUUAGUUGAGUAUUCUCUUUAUAAUGGCUUCCAAAGUGCCGAGGCCCCUCCAGCAUUCCAGAUUGACCCACAUGAUGGGCGAAUCUGUGUGUCUCAAGACAUCGACAGGGAACAAGAUCCAGACACCUUUGAUCUGCUGGUGAAAGCAAAGGAUGGGGGUGGGCUGAGUGCCCAAGCUUUCGUCCGCGUGGAGCUGGAGGACGUGAAUGAUAACCGGCCUGUGUUUACCCCGACCACCUAUGUGACGAGCAUCAGCGGGGAGACACAGCCGGGCACCGAGGUCAUCUCCGUCCUCGCCAGGGACAGGGACUCUGGAGUGUACGGAACAGUGGCUUAUGAACUUAUGCCGGGGGACCUAUCAGACCUUUUCACCAUUGACUCUACCACAGGAAUUAUUUACUUGACAUCGCCAAUCAAUCAUUUGGAGCCUACUACGCUUUUUUUGAUGGUCUGUGCUCGAGAUGGUGGUGGGCUUACAGCUGCUGUUAAUGCAGAAGUCACUAUUCAUGUUCUCCAGAACACAUUGGCUCCUGCAGAAUUUGAAAGACCUAAGUAUACGUUCUCAGUUUACGAAGAUGUGCCUGCAGCCAGUCCUGUGGGAACAGUGAAGGCAAGGGAGUCUUCGAAUUCUUCAGAACCAAUCUUUUACCAGAUCUCCUCUGGUGAUCUGGAUGGGAAGUUUUCCAUUCACCCAUGGCUGGGCACUAUCCACACACAGAAGCGUCUAGAUCACGAGUCACAGCCUGGGGUGGUCCUCACCGUCCAGGCCCAGCUCGGCAGCUCCCCAACCUACAGCAGCACCCAAGUCAACAUCACAGUGAUGGACGUCAAUGACAACUCCCCUGAGUUUCCCAUGGCCUCUGAUGAGAUUAGGAUACCCCAGACCACACCUCCUGGCACAGCCUUGUACCUUGCACGUGCAGAAGACAAAGACAGUGGCCCAAAUGGACUCAUCUGGUACACCAUUGCAAGCCCAAGCCCAAGUAUCUUCGCCAUUGACUCCAGGCUUGGUGUAGUAUUCCUCCAUGGGAAUCUGGGAAGCCAUGCACCACAGAGGCACACCCUGAUCCUAGUAGCUGAGGACCAUGGGGCUCCCGCUCACUCAUCUCAGAUGGUGCUGACUGUAGCUGUUGAAAAACAAGAACAAAGGCCAGCCCUGACCUUUGAAAAUUGGGUCUAUCAAGUGGAAGUUCGUGAGUCUCUGUCAGUGAUGGCACAGAUGCUGCAAAUCCAGGCCUGGCCCCUGGGCCUACUACGCCCACAUUUGCAGGUGGUCUAUUCUCUGGAAGCCAGUGUGGACUCUGCCACAUUUGGGAUCCACCCUCAUACAGGUUGGAUCUAUCUCCGGAGACAACUGGACUAUGAAUCGACACGAGCAUACAGCCUUAGAGCAUUUGCCUAUAUCCCAGAGGACAGACUGGUACAAAAUGGGAGCACCUCAGUAACUGUUCACGUCCUAGAUGAGAAUGACAAUUCCCCUACUUUCUUGCAUGGCCCAUUGUUUCUGAAAGUCCUGGAGAGCCCUGUUCCCUUAGGGGUCAUAGGCCAAAUCACAGCAGUGGACUCUGACUCUGGAAAGAAUGGACAACUCUCAUACUUCCUUUUGUCAGAUGGGAAAUUCUUCAAGAUGAAUCCCAACACAGAAAUUCUUACAACUGUAUUGCAUUUGCUUGCAGUAUUCACCAUAGAGGUAUACUCGCCUUUUAUACACUUAAAGCAGAUUGGUGAACUGGUCAGCUGGUCAGCAUUGGAUCGUGAGCAUCAGGGCCACCAUCAGCUGACUGUCCUAGUGACAGACCAUGGCUCCCCACCUCGGAAUGCCACCACCGUGGUUUAUGUCACUGUCAUCGACACCAAUGAUAACAGGCCGUUUUUCCCCCAGUGUCUCCCUGGAAAGGAAUUUUCCAUCAAGGUUCUGGAAGGUCAGCCGGUAAAUACAUUGGUUACAACAGUGUUUGCCAAGGACCUUGAUGAAGGAAGAAAUGCAGAAGUGAGCUAUUCUCUCUCUCCAGAAGAUCAUUCCGAUCACUUUAAGAUUGAUAGCAACAAUGGUGAAAUAAGAACAAGCACAGUCCUGUCACGUGACUAUAGACCUUCCUACAGGAUAACCAUCAUCGCCAGCGACCAGGGAGUGCCCCCACUUCAAGGACAAGCAGUUGUUAAUAUUCAGCGGACGCCCCACUACCUGCUGCGGGUGUCCGCCCGCGACCCCCGCGCGCGCCCGCCCCGCCACGCCAGCGUCUUCCUCAGCAUCGCCGUGGACGACCGGAACGACCACGCCCCGGCCUUCCCCGACGAGUUCGUGGUGCUCGGGGUGGAAGAGAACGUUCCGGAAGGCACGCUGGUGUACAACUUCACCGCCAAGGACGGGGACGGCGGCUUCCUCAACAGCCGCGUGCACUACUCCAUGGAGCCCCACCCGGCGGGGCCCAGCCCGUUCCUCAUCCACCCGGCCCGCGGCUCGCUGCUCACCGCCGCGCCGCUGGACCGAGAGCGCGUCCCGCGCGUGCCCCUCACCGUCACGGCCUCCGACCAGGCCGCCAACCUGACGGACCGGCGCCUGCGCUCCGUCGUGGCGCACGUGGUGAUCCUCGACGUGAACGACCACAGCCCCGCCUUCGUGUCGGCGCCCGUGGCCUGGGUCCCAGAAGACGCGGCCGUGGGCUCCACGGUGCACCACGUCCGAGCCCACGAUCCAGACCAGGGCAGGAACGGCAGCGUCACCUACAGCAUCCUCCCGGGAGACCACGGCGGGGCCUUCGCGCUGGACGCAGCCUCAGGCCUACUGACUACAGCUUGUCCUUUGGAUUAUGAAAUCAGAACUCAGUAUAUCCUGACCAUCAUGGCCCGGGAUGGUGGCACACCAGCGCUGUCCUCCUCUCAGAUAGUGACUGUGACUGUUCUUGACGUGAAUGACCAGGCCCCGCUGUUCAUGCAGCCGCUGUAUGAAGCUUCUGUUAAAGAAAAUCAAAGUCCAGGAGCGUUUGUCACAAGGGUUGAAGCUGAGGACAGAGAUUUAGGGGGAGUGAACUACCAGAUUUUAACUGGGGUAUUAAAACUGCCCCAGCAUUCAGUGUCCCCCAACAAAAGCUCCAUUGUCUUACCGGAGGAAUUUAGAGGUAGGCCAGACCAUUGGCGCAUUCUAAAACUUGAAUCUUCCAAUUUGAAGUCACGGGACUUUGCUAGAGAAAGUUACAAGGGCAUGCUAAUGGAAGGAAUCAACUCCCAACUUCAGUUUGAAAUCAUGCCAGGCGCUUCCUCUGGGCUUUUCAAGAUCAAUCCUGACAGUGGAGAGGUGGUGACAGCCACCAUACUGGACAGAGAAAUUCAGCAAGUUUUUACCCUUUUAGUGCUUGUGCGGGAUAGGGGAGCCCCUGAACUGUCUAGCACCACAACAAUUCUUUGCACUGUUGAAGAUGAAAAUGACCACGCCCCGGAAUUUAUUGUCCCUGACCAUGACAUCGAGGUUCUAGAGAAUCGAGAGCCAGAGACUGUCUAUACUGUUUGGGCCUCUGAUCAGGAUGCUGGCAAUAAUGGAACUGUCAGAUAUCACAUAAUACAUGGGAACACCAAUGACUCCUUCGCUAUUCAUGAAAUGUCAGGGGAACUGUCGACCACACAUGCCUUGGACAGGGAGCAAGUCAGCAAUUUCACGCUACUCAUCCUCUGCUCUGACUUGGGGCAUCCACCUCGGAGCUCUGUGCUGCAGUUGCAAGUCAGGGUUUUGGAUGACAAUGACAACAGCCCCUCCUUUCCUCUGCUGUAUUACCAGUCUUCCGUGAGAGAAGAUGCUCAACUAGGGACUGUGGUUCUGGUCCUGGCAGCCAAGGAUAGGGACCUGGGCCGGAAUGGGCAAACAGAGUACUUUCUGAUGGACGAGUCUUCCAGUGCAUUCACCAUUGAUUCUGCAGCAGGCAUUCUGAGAACCACCCUCACUCUGGACCGGGAAACCACAUCUCAGUAUACAUUUCGAGCCGUGGCCAGAGACUGUAGCAUCCAGGGCUCAAGAAGCACCACAGUAACCGUAAACAUAGCUGUCACUGAUGCUAACGACAAUGACCCCAUUUUGGAACAGAACCCUUUUGAUAUCUUCCUUUCACCCCAGUUGCCAACAAACCAAACGAUUGCUUUUUUGAGAGCGCAUGAUCCAGACAUGGGGCCCAAUGGAACUGUCUCUUUUAGUUUUGCUGAUGCUCAGUCAGUGGUUUCUAUUGACGCGUACACAGGAGAAAUUACACUUCGGCAAAAUCCAUCUCCAGAAUAUUUUCCUCUCUGGUUACAGUUAAGAGUCACCGAUCAUGGGGCCCCAGCCAGGGCAACCACCGGCCUUGUGGUCAUUCACAUGGAAGGAGAAGCUGUAAAGGUUUCCUUCAGCCAGCAUGUAUAUAAAGGAUUUGUGAUGGAAAAUUGUGAGGCAGGUACUUCUGUUGUGACUGUAGAGGCUUUUGUUUCUGAUUCAAUCCAGGACAGUAUUGAAUAUUCAAUAUUUAGUGGAAAUGAAGAUGGAAUAUUUUCCCUGGGUUCCAAAUCAGCUGAAAGCAGUGGGCAGAUAGCCUACAGCAAAGUAGUCAUCUUAAUACAGGACGUGAAUGAUCAUUUUCCACGAUUCGGGCAAAGAGUUUACCAGGCAUCAGUGUCUGAAGGACAGCCCUACAAUACUUACGUCAUACAGGUGUUUGCUACUGACCCGGACAGUGGGUUGAACGGCCUGGUUGAUUAUUCCUUUCUCUCUGGCAAUGAAGAAGAAACCUUCCACAUUGAUGCCACAAGCGGUGUGAUAACCACGAAGGCAGAUCUGGAUUAUGAGUCCACCAGCUCCUACAGCUUGAUCGUGCAAGCCACGGAUAGAGGGGUGCCCCAGCGUUCUGACACAGCUGUGAUCAAGGUCCAGGUGACCGACAGAAAUGACAAUCCUCCCACUUUGCCCCCCUGGGACACAGUCGAAAUUGCAGAAAAUUCCUUGCCUGGUGUCAUUGUGUCUCGGGUAUCAGCUCAUGAUGCAGAUGCGAAUCCAGCUUUCAUCUUCAGUAUCACCCAGGCGAGCAGUCCUGGAACCAAGUUUGCGAUCGACCAGAACACGGGAGAAAUGAUGUUGGUUCAGCCACUGGACUUUGAAGACACUACGGAAUAUGAGCUGUUCAUCCACGUUUCUGAUUCAGUGCACCACACACAGGGAUCUCUUGUCAUCCGGGUGCUGGAUGUCAAUGACAACCCACCAGUGUUUUCUCAAGAGAUCUACCAGGUGACAGUUCCUGAAUCUGUACCUCUGGGGCACUCAGUGUUAUCUGUAUCAGCCAUAGAUUUAGAAAGCAGUGAGAACAUUUCUUACAGAAUCCUUUCUUCUCCUCAGGAGUUUGCCAUUGAUCCUGUGAAUGGUACCAUAUUUACUAUCAAUCCUGUCUUACUUCUGGAAACGACGUCAAUAAUUCGAUUUCUUGUUGAAGCCAAUGAUGGUGGAAUUCCUCCCCUGAAAGCUCUUACAUUAGUGGAGGUAAAAAUAGCAGAUCUGAAUGACCAGGCUCCUGAGUUUCCUGUAGAACUCUAUAAUCUUAGCUUGAGUGAAGACACUCCCAUCGGAAGUACACUUAUCACAUUUUCAACUACUGACCGUGAUUGGACACUUGACAACACACAUGUUGAGUAUGCCGUCAUCAGUGGUCAAUCACAAAACAUCUUCCAUGUGGAAACUCGUUUCCUUCCCUCAGAAUACCCUUUUAAACAAGUUGGUUCUCUUGUGUUGCUUCGCAAUCUAGAUAGAGAAGCCAGUGACAGCCACCAGCUUGUCAUUCUAGCAUCCGACCAUGGCUGUCCCCCAUUGAGUUCCACAUUGGUGGUAUCCAUUCAAGUGCUAGAUGUCAAUGACAGUCCCCCAGAAUUCACCAGUCUGGAAUACCACGCCCAUGUCAAGGAAAGCACCCCUGCCGGAAGCCACAUCACCAUGAUCUCAGCACAUGACAGUGACAUCGGUUCCCAUGCAGAAAUCGUCUAUGACAUCAUUUCUGGAAAUGAGAAGGGACAUUUCCACCUAGAGGCAAAAACUGGAGUUUUUUAUCUGGCUAGGCCUCUGGAUUAUGAAGAAAUCAUCAAAUUCACUCUGACUGUCCGGGCCUCUGAUGAAGAGAGGAAACAAUUUGCUUUUGCGGUUGUGUUGAUCCAUGUCUUAGAUGAUAAUGAUCACAUGCCUCAGUUUUUGUCCUCAAGCAUGAAUUGUGUUGUUCCAGAAAAUCGGCCUGUGCCUUUCACCAUAUGCUCAGUAAAUGCUGUGGAUUUGGAUUCCGGUCCUUAUGGAGAAGUGACCUAUUCUAUUCUGUCACCCUGUUUUGUCACCCAUGGAAUUCCUCCUGCUCAUGAUCUCUUUGUCAUUGACCCUUUCACAGGUGACAUCCAAGCUAAGCAAAUCCUUGACUACGAAAGCAUUGAUUCAUACUGCCUUGUGGUUCAAGCGGAAGAUAGAGGUGGCUUAACCUCCUCCUUAAUGCUCUGGGUGGAGGUUGAAGGGGUAGAUGAAUACGAGCCCAUUUUCACUCAAGAUCAAUACUUUUUCAGCCUUCCUGCAGAGAUUGGAGGAAGACAGCUGAUUGGCAGAGUGGAAGCCUUCGAUGCCGACGCAGGCGCUGAUGGGGUUGUUCUCUACUCCCUUGAAACUGCAUCUCCUUUCUUCUCAGUGAACAAAACAAAUGGUAAUAUUUAUUGGGUGCGAGCCCCUCCCUUCCUAGACAGUCACAGGGGCAAAGAAGGUACCUUGGAAAUGAAAAUAAUGGCUCAUAGCCCCAAACCAGGCUCCAAGUUUACACUCUGCAGCGUGUUUGUGAAUGGCUCUCUAUCCUCAGAAGGAAACCUUGCAACAGUACAUAAACAAAAAGAAGACACCCCACACAGUUCCAAGGAGAAGAAGACAUCAUCCAACCUGGAGCCCAACCUGAGGAUGACGGGGGAUGCUAGUAUGUUCCAGGCCUUCCAGGAGGUGAAGGGGGGCGGGGAUGAGGCAGGGGCUGGGGGCACCGUGCCCGAAUGGUUGGGUUUAAUAAGCAUCCUGCAGAAGGACACCGUCCACUUGUAUAGACACUCAAACUCCAGCGGUCACUGCUCGGUCGAAGGAGAAACAGCAGAAGACAAGGAAAUCCAGCAGAUUAAUGAACAUCCCUACAGAAAGGACUCAGAUUCAGCUCUUAGUGAGCGGGGGUCCAGGGUACCAGACUCAGGAAUCCCUAGGGAUUCAGACCAGCUCUCCUGCCUGUCUGGGGAGACGGACGGAAUGGCUGUUGCUGACGCAGUAGAAUCCAGCCAUACAUUUGAGGGGGACGAAGGAGGCAAAGGCUUAGUGUAUGUCCAGAAUAAUGAGUUACCCCAGGCGCUUCAGCAGAGAGACACAAGCCAGGAGGUCCGGGCUGAUGGUAGGAACGAGUUCAUUUCAGAGGCACAGGAAGUGAAACGUGCCACCUUUUUACCUCAGAUCACAUGUGAUCACGAUGUCAGAGGCAGCUCCUGGAACUCCCUGCUCAGGUGGGAACCCAGGUUCCAGCCUCUUGCUUCAGUGUUUAAUGAUCUUGCAAAACUAAAGGAUGAAAAUGUACCUACACCAGGCAUCCUGAAAAACAGGAAGUCUUCUGUUUGUCUACCUCCUUUGAUCACAGCAGUAGCCCAGCCUGGCAUUAAAGCAGUUCCACCAAGAAUGCCAGCCAUAGCCCCAGCACAGGUACUUCACGAAUACCCCCGCUCUCCUAUUCUCUACCAUGGCAGUUCUCCGCCAGAAGCGAUGACCCCUAGCUUUUCUCCAUCUCUUUCACUCUUAACCAUUCAGGCUUCUGCCACAUUGCCAGCAUUAUUAGGAACACACCGCGGUGGUACGGGCCAUGAAUUGGAAGCAGGAGAUGAAGUUCAAAUAUAA